UAGUUGGUCACCAAAACCACUUGUGUUUGCAGUAAUUUACUCUAAACUCUAAAGUGAGCAUCAUGUCAAAAACAUUGGGAAUAAAAGGGAAACUAGAAGUUGAAGUUGAUAUCAAUUGUCAUGGUGAUAUCUUCCAUGAAAUAUUUAGCACCAGGCCACACCAUAUCUCCGAUAUGUCACCACACAUCCAUGCUUGUGAUGUGCACGAUGGUGAAUUCGGCAAGCCCGGCUCUAUCAUUAACUGGGAUUAUACCCUCGAUGGGAAAAAGUGUGUAGCGAAGGAGCUAGUGGAAGUGGUAGACGAGGAAAACAAGUUAGUAAGAUUCAAAAUCAUCGAAGGAGAUCUUCUGAAAGAGUUCAAGACCUUCACACUUACAGUACAAGUACUUCCAAUGGGUGAUAUAACUGGAGUGAAAUGGACUGCUGAAUUUGUAACAAUUGAUGAUAAAGGGCAUUACCCUACCAAGUUAAUCGACUUUUGCAUUGCAGUCUCUAAAGAUAUCGAGGCCCAUCACCUUAAAGACGACAAGUGAUCGAUCGACUAGCGGUAUGUACCGUCUGAUGGGGGAUCAUUGCAAUUUAUUGCCGGGUGUAUAAUUGUUAUCGUAUGUGUAUUGUAUGCAAUAAAUAUAUAUGUGUUGUUGUUGUUGUUGUUGUUGUUGUUGUUGUUGUUGUUGUAUAUCUUUCUCAUUAUAUAUAUAUGUGUAUUUGGAAUAAUGAUAGUGAAGUCGAUCACCUACUGUACUACUACGUACGUAUCAUGUAUGAAUGCAUUAUGAUUUUUUAGUUUA